AUGCUUCGUCCCAAAAAGCCUCUUUCUUCACCUGGACAGCUACUAACGAAGCAACCCGGCCUAGAAAAGGCUCGAUCUUCAGGCGAAAAUGAUCUCGAUAGAAAUCUUUCCUUCAUUAAGGUUUCCAAGAGAGGUUCUGUUGUCCCUGUUGUCAAAGAAACUUAUUUUAGAAAAGCUACUUCAUGUGGGGUUUCAUCAUGCAAAGCAUGUGGCACAGAUGGCCUUUUAUCACACAUUCCUCUUUUAAUUCCAGAUACGAAUAUCUGCUUGCAUGAGUUUGACCUUUUGGCGCAUCGAUCCGUUUCAUCGGUCAUCAUUCUCCAAACCGUUCUAGAUGAGGUUCACAAGCGAAAUAUUAACGUGUAUGAAAAUCUACGUGAUAUCAUCCGUAAAGAGCCCAAUAGAUUUUUUGUUUUUACCAAUGAAACUUUCCAAGAUACCUUUGUCGAAAGGUUCGAUGGCGAAUCGUCUAAUGAUCGGAAUGACAGAGCCAUUCGAACAGCGGCGGCUUGGUAUCAAAGCCAUUUGCAAGCCGAAAAAAUCUGCUCUUCACAAAGUGAUAUCGAAGAAUCUUGGAGUUCGGAUGCAUCGCCCAAUUUUUCUCCUGACAAGGCUGUUUGUAGGAAAUUAAUCCCUUCACGCGUGAUUCUUGUUACCAACGAUGUCGCAAACAGAGAGGCAGCACUUUGCAUGGGCAUUGAUGCCAAAUCAGCCCGCUCUUUUGUUUUACAUUUGGCUACCGCCCACACGCCAGAAAUCAUUUCGGAGCUUCUUGAUCUGCUACACGUUUCCGAUGAUACUCCAUCUCCAUUUGAUUCGGAUGUGCUGUUUGAUGCAUAUGUCGAUACAGAGGUUCUCUCUCACAACAUGAAAAGCAACCAAUUCUAUCGUGGAAUGCUGAAUAUUUCGCCCUACAACAUCAACGAGGGAUCCAUUGUAACUUGCAUUGAUGGAGUCUCAAGCUCCAUCCUCAUUGUUGGAAGUCAAAAUUUGAAUCGAGCUAUUAACGGAGAUGUUGUUGCUGUGGAGUUGACGUCAGCGUCGGAUGACAUUUUCUUCGAGUAUGUGACCAUGGGCGAUGAUGAUCCGCUUGCUCAAAUGGAGGAUGCAAGGGCGGCUUUAGGUGCUGUUCGCCGUUCACAGAAACUUUCUGAAAAGCUGAAUCUUCGGUAUGGACGUAUAGUUGGCAUUAUGAGCCGGCCCAGACGCAGAAUUUGUGGAUCCUUUCUUCCGGCAUCCACUACUCAUGUCACUGCCUCUGAUGCUGGAAAUACCACGGGAUGGUACAUUUUCCGUCCAGUAGAUCGACGAUUUCCUUCGCUAUAUGUCCAAUCUACCCGAUCGCUCACAUUUCUGCUUCCAUAUCGCAUCCAGGUGGCUGUAGAUGGAUGGCCGGCUACCUCUCGGUUGCCCAGGGGGCACCUCAUUUCAAUCAUAGGACUCUCUGGUGAUGUCGAUGUGGAAACCCAAGUAAUACUACUGGAAAAUGAGGUUCCAUUUGCGCCAUUUUCAGAAAAGGUGCUUUCAUGCCUGCCGGAGGCAACCUGCGGCAACGAAAUUCCUGUACAGUGCAAUGAAAUCGAAAGCGUUAGGCUAGAUCUCAGGCACUUGCCCUGUGUCUGCUCAAUUGAUCCACCAGGGUGUACAGAUAUUGACGAUGCUCUACAUGCGACCAUUUUAGAUUCGGGGAGUAUCCAGGUCGGUAUCCACAUUGCAGAUGUCGGGCAUUUUGUGCACCAAGGCAGUGCAUUGGAUAUCGAGGCUGCAAACAGAGGCACCACGGUUUAUCUUGUAGAUAGGCGCAUUGACAUGCUUCCAGAACUCCUAGGAUCAAAUCUUUGUUCCCUGAUUGCCGGUGUAGAUAGAUACGCACUCUCCUGCAUCAUUGAGAUGGACCUUGAGGCUCAGGUUAAAAAGGCCUCUUUCACCAAGUCGCUGAUAAAAAGCGCUGCUUCUCUUACGUAUUCCCAGGCCCAGGAGAUUUUGGACGAAAAAUGCGAUGAAGAUGGGAUGUCUUUCCUGAAAAAGCCGGCCUCAACAUCGACAUGCACACCUACUUUGGCGUGUUCUCCCUCUUUGGUGUUGAAAAAUAGCAUUCGGCUGCUCAAUUUUCUCGCUCAGAGGCUACGAUCAAGACGCAUGGAGGCCGGUGCGCUAACGCUUGCCUCCUCCGAAAUUAGGUUUGAAUUUGAAAGUGGCGAGCGCAAAGGAGCGGAUCCCCUGGGAAUUUCCUCAAAAUCAGUCACCCCUGCAAAUGAGCUGGUGGAGGAGUUCAUGUUGCUCGCUAAUGUUGAAGCGGCCAAGCUGAUAUAUUCUGCAUUUCCCGAUCAAGCGCUUCUUCGAAGACAUCCGAGUCCUCCGGACAGCAAUUUUGCCUGGCUUCUGUCUGCAUUGAAAGCAUGCAACUUGCCUCCUUUAGACAUUUCGUCGUCAAAGCGGCUCGGCGAGACCCUGGAUCUCUGUGAUGCUGCUUUACUGGUUCAUCUUGGACAGGGUUCAAAUGCAUGUUUGCCUCCAGAACCGAGCCCUAUUUGCUGUUCAAAUCAACAGACCAAGCUCCCACCAAAGUCUUCAAAUCAACAGGUCAAGCUCCCACCAAAGCUUGAUUCUCCCCUUCGGUUGAUGGCGACGCGUGCCAUGAUGCAGGCAGUCUAUUUUUCCUCUGGAAGCGCACCAUCUCCAUCCGAGUUUUGGCAUUAUGGACUGGCGGCACCAAUAUAUACCCACUUCACGUCUCCAAUCCGACGGUAUUCCGAUGUGAUCGUCCAUCGCCUUAUUAGCUUAGCCCUGUCACUGGAGGAUACAAACUCGGGCACAAAGGCGCUUUCACGCGGCGAUUUGGAAAAAAUAUCUACCCUUCUCAAUCAUCGCCAUCGACGGGCACAACUUGCAUCCAGGGCAAGCACAGACCUCUUUACAUCCCGGUUUUUGGAGCGGCCUGGCGAGACCGAUAAGGUCCUUUUGGCAAAUGUCGUUCGUGUUGCCCAAAAUGGGCUUGUACUCCUGAUACAGUCUUUUGGCAUCGAGUGCUUCCUAAAAUUUGCAAUGCCACAGCCCCCUUCAGACGCGCUUCCCAUAUAUGAUGCGGAAAUGAUGGCAUGGAAGCAGGCAGCCACCGGGCAGAUUUUCGUUCAAAUUUUUGAUUCCAUCAACGUGCGGCUGCAUGUUUACAAGUGUCCAAAAAACUGCACCACAAAGCUAUUUGUGCAAUGGGUUGAUGUCCCCGACCCCAUGAAUAUCCUUCUCCCGAAAGAAUAUCCCUUUUUGUCUGAUUCCGCUUCGGGACAUGCGAAGAAGCCGAAAUUGAUCGCAUAA